AUGUCACAAUAUGCGCCGUUUUUCCCUUCAUCGCAUCGUGCUCCGUUGUUUAAUUGCAUUGACCCUCAGUGGCGUGUUGCUCCCUCGUGGCUAAAGCUUUCUGCGGCUCACGUCCUAAUAAUGUCGAAAUCAGAGUUAGCCUGCGUAUAUUCGUCGUUAAUUUUAGCAUCUGAGGGUCUGGAAGUUACUGCGGAUAAAAUAUGCACUCUGCUGAAGGCUGCUAAUAUCAAGUUCGUUGAACGAUAUCUUCCAGAACUGUUUGCGAACGCGCUCCAAAACGUCAACAUCACUGAUCUGCUCACGAGUGUUGCGGGAAUCGGCGCACCAUCCGCUGCCGCGGCUACUGCUCCAGCGGCUGCUGCUCCGACAGCUGCACCUGCUGCAGCUCCUGCUACAGAGAAAGAAAAACCUGCUGAGCCGGAAGAGGAGUCUGAUGAUGACAUGGGCUUCGAUCUUUUCGGUUGA